UGACAGUGUUACAAACGUCACAGGAAGUCGGAGGACAAAGUGACGGCGUUUCCCAGCCAUUUAUUAUUAUUAUCGUGUAUAUUAUAUCUAGUUUGUGACUUAAGAACGGUGAAUAGAUAUCUUCAUCAUUAAAUUACAGUCCGAAAAUUCCGAUCCUGAGUUUAGUUAAUUUUCGCUGACAGAAUUAGAUUACCUAAACGUUUGUGUAUUCAUGCUUUAAUGCCAUUUGUAAGUAGAAACAAAAUAAAUGUACAAAAAAUUAAUACACAAAACAUGCACCCUCGCUUUUGGUUUGUCAUUUAACUUACCAACAAGGUAUUUUAUCUUUUCUUUUAUUAAUUAGGCGUACAAGUCUUUCAUCAUACUCGAAUUGGAAACGGGAAAGAGCAGCAUAUGGUAGUUUUUGACAAAACGUGGCAAGUUUUGUAAGGAAGUACAAGUGUCGCCAUGUUAUUUUUUCGACAUCAAUUUCUGAACGCACAUUUUCUAAUAUACUUAAUAACUGUUGUUGCUUCUGAUAAGAGAUGGUUCCAAAAAUCAAUCGGUAAAGGACGAAACAUCAGCUUGGAGAAUUCGACACGGCAACCGUACAAUAUCCAGAAACCGGAGCUGAAGCUACAUUUUACAAAGAAAUUGAAUGAGAUGCAGUCAUUGGCUGAAUUAUCAACUCUCUUGAUGCAAGGUGAUCGCCGUUUCUGUGCACACACAACGCUCACGAUUCUGGAGGGACUGAAUGGCACAGACAAACACGACAGUAAAAUCACUCAAUUGCAGGAUCACAUGUCAAAGCUGAAGAACUACUGUGCACAAAUCAAAAGAGGAAGAGCAGCAUCAGUGCAAGGUCUGAAACUACACGAAAUAACAGAAAUGAAUGCUGCUCUGCUGGAAGCUAAGAAAGCAGCCUGCAAGCCAAGAACCAUUUUAAAGGAACUUCCUCCAGCUCCAUUUGGAUCAUCAUACUACCCUCAGUACGUCACUGUGAAGCAAUGUGAUGGCUGCUGCAACAGUGCUUUGCUGAAAUGUACUCCUGUAAAAAUAACCAAUGUCACAAAAUGGGUCAUGAAUUUUGUAAUGUCAAGAAAUAAGUAUAAAAGCACCCAGUCUUUCCAAAUGGAACAACAUGAAAAGUGUAAAUGUGGCUGUAAGCAUGAUGCUACUCCAACAAAGAUCAGGUAUGAUAGUCUGGAUUAAGCAAAUAUAAAAUUUGUUUAUCAGUAACUUUUGUUCGAAACAAUUUUAGCUUCGAUACAUACCUAACAAUUAAAAUAACAACUUUACAUCCACAUUUAACAUUCAGAGGGAACAACAGUACAUCAAGUUACACCAACAAACCUAAGAUUUUGAACAGAGUUGAAAGGUAGCUUCUGCACAGACCAUUAUUAAAUACCAUUCCAGCAUUUCAAAGAUGCAAAGGUCUCACUUUUCAUGCUAAGAUUAAAAAUGUAUUAGCAAUUGAAUAAAGAUGUCUCAUCAGCAUUUGAUAUACCUAUUGGACUGUGCUUUUAUUAACAAUGAAGAGGAUUUCAAUGUUUUAAAGUAACAGCAAGGAAAUUUAGACUUUCUGAAAUACAUACAGGGAACAGGCUGUUUAUAUAUUAUAACAUUUACUUUAUCUUCCACAUCUCCUGUAAUAAUGGCAUGAUGUAGAGGAUCUUAUGAUUAAUAAUAUUGUUGCAGCAUGCAACUUAAUACCUUUGAGGCAGAGAAUAAAAAAAUUAAAUAAUGAAAUUUACAGUUUAAGCUUCUUCUAAAGAGUGAAACGUGGGAAUCUAUUUAUAAGGACAAUGAUACCAACAAUAACUAUUACUCAUUUUUGUUUACUUCUCUAAAUAUAUUUUAAGUUAGCUUUACAAUUAAAUAUAAACAUAUAGGCAAAGUAAAAAAUUACUGGAUUAUACAAGGAAUAAACAUAUCUUGCAAACAUACAAGGAUUCUAUAUAUCUGUGAAAGGAAUAGUAAUGACCCAAACACGAGCGUUUUACAUU